GGGCGCUGCGGGCGCUGGACGCGGCUGGCAUGGAGGCGCCCUGGAGGAGCCUGUCCGCUGAGGAGCUGGAGAAGCAGUACUCGCCCAGCCAGUGGGUCGUCCGGCUGGGAGCCGAGGAAGCCCUGGAGGCCUACCUACAGACGGGGAUCGAGGCCACCAGGAAGGCCCGGGUCACCAGGAGGAGCCAGCUGGAUGUCCCCUACGGAGAUGGGGACGGGGAGAAAGUAGACAUUUACUUCCCUGAUGUGGCAUCUGAAGCUUUGCCGUUCUUGCUGUUCUUUCAUGGAGGAUACUGGCAGAGUGGAAGUAAAGACGAGUCCGCCUUCAUGGUCAACCCCCUGACGGCACACGGGGUGGCCACGGUCAUUGUGGCUUAUGACAUCGCCCCCAAAGGCACCAUAGACAAGAUGGUAGAGCAGGCGGCCUGCAGCGUUGCCUUUGUGCAGAAGAGGUUUCCAGAUAACAAAGGCAUUUUCCUGUGUGGACACUCAGCGGGGGCUCAGCUGGCUGCCAUGAUGCUCUCGGUUAACUGGUCCAAGCAUGGAGUCACACCCAACCUCAAAGGGCUUUUCCUGCUGAGUGGGAUCUAUGACCUGGAACCUCUCGUGUCCACCUCCCAGAACAGCCCUCUCCACAUGACGCUGGAGGAUGCUGGGAGGAACAGCCCGCAGCGGCACCUGGAGGUGGCCCCUGUGACGCCUGUCUGCCCCAUAUUGGUGGCUGUGGGUCAGCACGACUCCCCAGAGUUCCACCGACAGUCCUGGGAGUUCUACCAGACACUGUGCCGAACAGGGUGCAAGGCCUCAUUUGAAGAACUGCCCAGCAAGGACCACUUCGAGAUCAUUUGCAACCUGACCCAGGAGGAUGACAGACUCAACCAGAUCAUCUUGAAAACCAUCUUCCAGUAGGGCUGCAAGCCCUGUGCACCGAGAACCUUUGGAGAUAAAGGGAUAGCACUGACCGGCCCGCCCGACUCACUGCUCACUGCUGGGAACUAGCCUAAUGCUCUCCAAGUCCUCCCUGUCCCCUGCCCGGAAGAAGCUUCAGGCAGCGUCCAGUCAGAGCUGAGAUGCCCGAAGCCACCACUUGGCCAUGUCUGGGUCCUCUGCCUCCUGACAGGGUGUGACAAAAUGCAAAAUGUCUUCUCUCUGAAAUGACCUGUGAAAGUUACCUAUGCCCACAAUGGAGCUGCUGGGGCCAGGAAGAGCCGAGUGCGUGCCCAGCAUGUGUGAGCCCAAGCUGCAUCCCCAGCACAGGGAGGGGGCCGGGGGG